GGCAGCGUGCGCGAAGAUAACAACACACACGGCACUACGGCAGCCAGCCAGCCAGCCAGCUUCUGCUGGAACAAGAACAGUACAGGUACAGCCUCCUCCCUCCACAGCAGCGACACCAAUGGCAUCGUGGUCGUGGACCUCUGUUCACUGCAGCAGCUACCCCCUACCGGGGCCGUCGGCACGCUUCACGCCUUCUCUGGUCUCCGCAACAACACCGGCGCUCAGGCGGACGAGGGCGAGGGGGCAGCUGCAGCGAUGCCUCUGUUCCCAGUACGCCGGCGAACGCCAGCCGCCGCCGCCGCCACCGCCACAGCCGGAGCCGGACUCGCCGCAGCAGCUGGAGCGCCUCUUCUCCAACCUCAACCAGACCACCAUGAAGCACGAGCCAGGGAGCGUCACCAGCGCCGUCUUCCUUGUGGCUGGCACAACGGUUGGAGCAGGCAUCCUUGCAAUCCCUGCAGUCACACAAGAAGCUGGGUUCUUGGCCUCGGCAGUCAUAUGCAUCCUCUGCUGGUCAUACAUGGUCGUCACGGGGCUGUUGGUUGCUGAAGUAAACGUCAAUACCAUGUGUGAGCUAGGAUCUGGUGGCGUCUCACUGGUACAUACCAUAUCCUCCUGUCUCGAUGGCUAUGCGCACUCUUGGGACAUUUGGAGUGAGAACAUCUUGCUUAUCCUAUUUAUUUAUACAUUAUGCACUUCUUGUCGCAUACGUGGCACGCUCUUCAAAUAUCAUAACAAACUCAUUGGGCAUUCCAAUAUGGGAGAGUGCUACCCUGUUUUCUCUAGCUUUCGGAGGGGUAUGUUACUUUGGAAGGUAGUGGCAAGUGGAAACCUACAGUGGAGUUCUCUUCUUGAAGCGAAUUUUGCUGCUGCUCCACAAAGUAUACCAAUAAUUGCUCUUUCAUUUGUAUACCAGAAUGUGGUUCCUGUUCUCUGUACAAAUUUGGAGGGAGACCUGUCAAAAGUACGAACAGCUAUUGUGGCGGGUACUGCCAUACCCCUGGCUCUGUUCCUAGUAUGGGAUGGAGUAAUCUUGGGGACACUUCCAGACCUUGCAGGGAGCAGCACUGUUUCUGACCCCUUGGAACUACUUAGAUCGAGUAAUGGGAUAGUGGGGCCUAUUGUUGAGGCGUUCUCAUUUCUCGCUAUAGCCACAUCAUACAUUGGAUUUGUUCUAGGAAUCUCGGACUUCCUUGCAGACUUGCUUAAACUACCAAGUGGCCAGAACAAACCGCUGCCAUACGUAUUGACUCUGUUUCCUCCACUUGUUCUGUCACUGCUUGACCCGGAGAUAUUUUUCAAGGCAUUGGACUUUGCAGGAACUUAUGGAGUUCUAGUGCUGUUUGGAGUUUUUCCUGCCGCUAUGUCUUGGUCAGAGAGAUAUUCGGAUGAGUUGGAAGCUCCAGUACCCCCUAUAGUCCCCGGAGGGAAAUUUACUCUCUCGGCUGUCAUGGGAGGUGCAUUGCUUGUGAUUGUUCCAGAGUUAAUCAAGGAUGUAAUGCAACUACAAGGACUACACUGACAAUCGGUGCAAGUGAAAGGACAUAUAACAGUUACAGUAAAACGGUCCUUGAGAUUUUUGUUGCAGUAACAAGUACAUGUAGCAAAAGCAAAGGCAAAACUCGAAAGCAAUCAAGUGCAGAGAUUGCAGUUUCAUCGAGCAUCGACGUUGGAGUUGAAUUGUUUUUUAUGAGAUUAGCACGGGGUUCAGAACUUCGGUUAAAUUUCUGCAACCGAAAGAAAAAUCUAAAAUUCCGUAUUACACUAAUAUAUGUGCUUUGUUGUGAAUAUAUAACUUUGUAAUUAUAUUUUCUAUUGUUUAUGUCACAUAAAAUUCUUCUUUUCAUUA